AUGGGAAGUGAUGAGUGGGAUAAGGAAUUAAUCGAAAGUGAAAAGAGAUUGAAAGAUUCACUCGAAGGAAAGUAUCAAGAGUUUGAUGAGACAAAAACUCUCAUCUAUCAGACCCACAAGAGAAGUGCCACCAAAUUUUUGAACUUGUUUAUUGAUCUGGGAGGAAUUUUCAUCAAGGUUGGUCAGUACAUGUCCUCAAUGACCAAUUUCUUACCAGAUGCAUGGACAGAGACACUCCAAGUCUUGCAAGAUAAGGUUCCUUAUCAGGCAGAUUUAUCAGAAAUCAGGCUCAUGUUUGAGGAAGAAUUUCACAAACAUCCAGAAUUGAAGGAUAGGAAAUUGGAAGAUAUUUUCGAGUCAUUUGACGAAUUGCCAAUUGCUGCAGCAAGUUUGGCACAAGUACACAAGGCAAAGCUCAGAAAAGGGGCUAUUGAAUCACUGAAAGGAACUGAAUUGGACGGAUCGACAGUUGCUGUGAAAAUUCAAUAUCCAUCCAUUCGUUAUUUCUAUAAGGGAGAUAUGAUUGCCAAGCAAGCUGCCAUGGAGAUUAUUCACUUCUUCUUUCCUCAUUAUAACAUUUCAUGGAUGGGCAAAAUGUUGGACGAUACUCUGAAUCAAGAGUUGGAUUUUCACAUUGAACAUGAAAAUUCAAACAAGAUUAGAAAAUUAUUUGAGAAGGAGGAAGAAGGAAUCACCCAAAGUCUCUACAUUCCUAAAAUUGUUUCACCACUCUCUUCAAAAAGAGUUCUCACAAUGGAAUUUAUCGAUGGAUGGAAAAUUAGUGACAUUGAAUCUAUUACCAAACAUAUGGAUCAUAAGAGAAUGGUCGAAUCUGCCAAGACAACUAUGAGUAUAUUUGCCAAGAUGAUCUUUGUGUUUGGUUUCGUCCACACUGAUCCACAUCCUGGGAAUAUUCUAGUGAGGGCUCAUCCCAAAAAUCCAAAUCAUUCACAGGUUGUCCUACUCGAUCAUGGUUUGUAUCAGACAUUGGAUCCAGAUUUCAGAGUGAAAUUUGCAAGAUUUUGGAGAGCUUUGGUAAUGCAUGACAAGCCAGUUGUUGACCAAUAUUGUAAAGAUUUGGGUAUUGAUGAUUCUCAAUUGUAUGCCUCUCUGAUUUUAAUGAGAGGUUAUGAUGAGAAGAGUGGUAUUGGAUUGUCAUCUCAUGGAACAAAGGCAGAAUUUGAAACCUUCUUUAAGGGAAUUAUCAAGCACAGAAUGGACAAGUUCCAACAAAUGGUCAGAAAUAUGCCAACAGAAAUGUUGUUAAUUAUGAGAACCAAUAAUUUAUUGAGAUAUGUUAAUCAAUCGAUGGGAGUUCCUGUUAAUAGAUAUGUCAUUAAUGCAAGAAUUGCAUCAAGAGGAAUGUAUCAUUCUAAAUCUCUUCCAGACACUCUUAGUGCUUGUCAAGAAGGCAAACCUUUGAGUGAAAAUUUGUCAAUGUGGAAUUACAUGAAAUUGAAAUAUCAACAACAUUCUCAAUAUUUACAUUUCGAAACCAUUCUCUUUAUUUAUGAAUACAAGCAAUGGUUAUGGAAUGUAUGGUAUAGAUUAAUGAUCCAUUAUGGAUUUAUGGAACCAAUUAGAAUUCAAGUAGAUAAGAAUGAUAUGGAUGUCGUGUUAGCAGCUUAA